AUGGAGGAAACUGUGAGACUCUCAAGGGUGAGGGCCCAUACCAUCAAAGAACAAGAACCCAUGAAGACCCAAAGGACCCGCCCAUCUUUCCGAUCUGAGCGACUGAGGAAGCACAGAACCGAGCAGAUGGUCGAGGCGGUGGCAGAUAUAAGACAGUGGAGACGGGACCAUCUCAAACUCCACAAAAGUCCCAGAGAUUUAAAGAAGAAAGUAGAAGAACGCCUUGAUAUUUUCCACAGUCGUGUCCCCCCGCUAAACACCAGCAAGGAGACGACGGCAAGUAUCACCAGUAGCGAGAAUGAACCUCCAGGCAGUCCGCGAAGGAAAGCUCAUACCGGAGAUUGGCGUCCGAGACUGUCGGAAAAGGGUAAAGGGAUGGAAAUUCAGCGUCUGAUUGAGCCAAAAGCGAUUAGACAAAAGGGCGAGGUUGUUUACCCCGAGAUUGAAUUAGGCCGCCAGCAACAGAUGUCGGCUAUCGCAGCGCUUCUUACGGUAGAAGCAACUAACACGACCCCGUGCAAUCAAUGCGUACAUGUGAAGUCGCGUGGUCCAUGCAAGGAAUGUGUUGCAGGACCUCCUACGCUAUUCUCAGGGGCUUGUACGAAUUGCCAGUACUCUAGUACAGCUUCCCAUUGCUCGUUCUACAAACCAAACAAACGCGGUAAAAAGAGAGCCCGAACAGCAGAAUCUGAGGAGAGAGAGAGUUCAGGCGGGUUUGUACUGGACAGAGAAACGCUUGACGCCCUUACCACCGCAGAGCUUGAGGAGUAUAAGACCAUGAUCAUCAAGGAAAUAAACCGCCGUCGGCUUGCACGUAUUCCUACAAGCCGUACAAGGAUGUGA